AUUCAAAGACCCACUCAGACACUAUAUAUAACCAGAGCUUCUCCUCUUUUUCUCAAGAUCGAUCAUAAUUAAUCUUGUUUAAGUUUUGGUGCAGGAAUGACGGGGAUAUCACCAUUCCAGGACGAAAAUGGCCUCAAGAAAGGUCCGUGGACGCCAGAAGAGGACAAGAAGCUUGUCGACUACAUUCAGGAACAUGGCCAUGGAAGUUGGAGAGCACUUCCAAGGCUUGCUGGGUUAAAUAGAUGUGGAAAGAGUUGCAGACUUAGAUGGACUAAUUAUCUCAGGCCUGAUAUCAAGAGAGGAAAGUUCUCUGAAGAAGAAGAGCAAAUUAUCAUCAACCUCCAUGCAGUUCUUGGGAACAAGUGGUCAGCAAUAGCACAACAUCUUCCAGGGCGGACCGAUAAUGAAAUCAAAAAUUUUUGGAAUACUCAUCUAAAGAAAAAGCUUCUGCAAAUGGGAAUAGACCCAGUCACUCACAGGCCAAGACCUGACCUCAAUAUCCUUGCAAACCUGCCACAAUUGCUUGCUGCUGCUAACCUCAGCAAUCUUAUGAGUAACAAUAUUACUUGGGACAUCAAUGGUCUCAGGUCACUACAAACAGAUCCUACACAGCUAGCCAAACUCCAAUUAUUGAACAAUAUACUACAAGUCUUAAGCAAUUCCGGUCCACUCCCAAACAUGGAAACUGCAGCAGCAAUUAAUCUUCUUGGAUCAAGUAUUAGAGACCAUCAACUGUAUGAAUAUCCUACCUUGAACUCUCAACUAGAAGGAUUACUACUUAGCAGUACUAGCCAAGCUCAUUUUCUGCCCAAUUUUCCAAAUUUAGAAACAAUUUUUCAACCGCCAUUGUUAAGUGACAUUAAAGCUAGCACCAACAGCAAUAAUGGUCAAAUGGAUUCUUCAUUAUAUUGUAUACCAACUUCAAACCCACUUCCUCCAUUGGUUUCUGCUUCACCUGAAGAUCAUUGUCAAACAUUAAUGAACCAAGCAGAAACUAAGAUCAACCCCGAUGAUAUUUCUAACCCUUCUUCCACUUCAACCACUUUUGAAGCUUGGGGAGAUCUCAUGGAUGAUGAGGCAAGUGACACUUACUGGAAAGAUUUAAUUGACCAAGCAACUUCUCAACCAUGGCCAAUGUCAGAGUAGAAUGGCAGCUUCCGGAUGGAGUACGUUACGAGCUGGCUAGUGUACAUGUGUUGUUUAAUCAUAUAUGAGGCUUUUUUUUUUUUAAUUUUUUUAAAUCUCAGUGUGGAUUAAGUAGGAUAUAGAUAUACAAAGGGUGCCAUAAUUGUGUGUAAAGAUCAAUACCACAAACAAGACUAUUCAUGUGAGCUUCUUCUUUUCUUUUCUUUUUUUUUUUUUCCAUUUUUUAGUUAUACUUCUUUGGAUUUGUUUUAUAUAUGUAUCAAUUAAACUUGUUUGCAUUUAUUUAUGUAUUAUUAUAAUUAGCUAUGUAAUUACAAUAUGUAUAAUCAUGCAGAAAAAUAUCAUGAGGACAUUUCUCAACUUAGGAAA